AUGGAGGAGAUCGGUGCCAGUGACAGGUGGAUGAUCUACUCCGGCAGUCUCAUUGGAUCUUUUCGUCACCAUGAUAUCACGCCAUGGGACGAUGAUGUGGAUGUUUUGGUGGACUUGAGUGUUAAAACUGCGCUAUGGCGACAAAUUCAGAAGCUAAAACCCCAAAUCUACAUAAAUAGCGCUGGACUCAGAGACAAGAUUUACGCAAAACUGAUUGAACCGAACAACACACUGCAGGAUGUUGAUGGUAGUCGCAGGCUAGGUGCUCAUCCCUGGGGUUGGCCCUACGUGGACAUCGGAUACUACAGUUCUAACGCUACCCACAUCAGGGAGCUGGCCCGAUCCUAUGGUCGAACAUAUAUCUACGCAAAGACUGAUGUAUUCCCACUGCUUUUAAGACCAUUCUACACGCAGUGGGUUCCGGCGCCAAGAAACACGUUUGCUUUUCUGCAACAGUCCUACCCCGACAAUAUCCACUGCUCUGCCCUCGGCUAUUUUCAUCCCCUGGAAAUCCAUACGAAAGGCCACACACUGCCGUGUACUGAAUUGGCGGACCGAUAUGCCUUCGUUGAGCGCGUAUCUUUUAACAACUCAUUACAGAAAGUGAGUGAUAGUUCAAAUGAUUUGGACUGGGUCCGCGAACGACUGAUUCGCGGCGGCGAGGUGAUACAUGAAAUUGACUUGGUCGCGCCUCAACGGGAAGGCUUCGUAGAUACCUACGUGCUACAGAUGAGGCCGCAAGAGUGAUUCAGAGAGCACUCUUUGACAGAGAUUCUAACUGUUGUUGCACCAAUGGCUGCAGUGUACACUGACUAUUUGUUGGGUUCUGGAAAACGUGUUAUGUACCGUACAGGUUUUAACAUUAUCGAGAGUUUAAUAAAAUUUGCGAAGAGUUGUAUGGUGGACUGGAUGAAAAGCGCAAUGUAAUUUAUCAAAAAGGUAGGAAAUGCGCAUGAAAUUUACUAUAACAAACUUUUUUGUCUCAGGCAUAAUUCAUGCUUUGAAGGAUUUUAAAUGUGAAAGUAUUGUAACCCAAACGUGGAUUUAGAAUUUUACAUGUUCAGACAUUUGUCUACCCGGAACUGUUAUGAUGCGCUGAAUUCCUUCGUUAUGUACCCUCCAUUUUGGCAAGCCGAGGGUUUGCAGCACUUUCAGCCGUCUAUCUUUGUCACAUCUAUACCUGGUGCCUGCUUUAUGGCAGUAUGGCUGAUGGAAGGGGUGAGCCGACUCUCUAUUGGCUCAAUGAUCCCGGGUUUGUCAUUAGUGUCUAAGGUGUCAGCCACACAAUCUUGGCCUUCACAAUGUCCAACUGUGUAAGUCUUUUGGUUAAUUAGCAGGUCGCCCAUUCGAAUCAUAAUGUAAGGCCAGUCUGCUUGGCGAACCCGUGCAUUACGGUGUUUGGACUGAAAGAUAGGUCGGCGCUCUUUAGGGAUACGUUCACGAGGUCAGUGUUUCGUGUCAUGGAACCACACACGGUUGGUCUUUACUUAUAUACGCAAGGCGGUUUGGAGUUUAUUUGAAUUAUGUCGUUGCCAUGCCGUCCCUUACUUCAUAUUCGGCGGCGAGAUUUAGUCUAGGCAAGGAGAAAGGGCGAAUAGCCAAUGUCCCCGGUAUAUAUCUCGUCGUUCCAUUCACACAACAGUCUACAUGGAUGACGAACCCCGGUAGUCAACCCCUCGGCAGUGAGCUAUUAGCGUCGGAGCCGAUUAUCCUGACUAACCUACAAGCGCAUAGCGACGGCAUGCAACGGCCCAGAAACUGCAUCCUUUAAAUAAUGCAACAACUGGGCGAUAUACCAUCCUCAUCUACUCCGUCUCUGAUGAUUGAUUAGAGUGAGAAUCCGAAUUGUCAGGCUAAUAAAGCUCUUAUCCCAGCGAUUGUGUCUCCUUCUUCAAGACUACUUCCUGGGACUCGUCUUUAUCGCCUCUAUUGGUUAUGAGUAUGGAUGACUUUAUAGCACUUGAGACACCUAUAAAUACUGCCAAUUUUGUAUAUUUUCAUUCCUCCGUGUAAAUGUAUUGACCUGACGAAGAAUUAUCGAAAAAAACAUAUUUGCCAACUUGACUUUUAAAGUGUAACAUGGAUAUAGUUGCGGAACGUAGACAUUUUUGAGGAGUUAAUCAUUCCCGGUGGUCGUUGUUUUGGUCAAACACUAGUAACGUAAUAUCAGCACCUGGCCCCGAAUGACGAUCGUGCGCACUACGCGCACUUUACCUACAGCGUUCACACCCCACCUCCACCAAUCUCCCACAACCUAAAAUGACCACAAGACGCGGACUGCGGCAUGCGGGCGGCGUGGAAGCGAGUGUGAUGAACAAGAGAGAGACUUAAAAACCCUGUCCAAUACUAGCAUGCCCAUUCUCCAUGCAAUCGUUAUGACCCAACGAAUAGCUGGAAGCACACGUUUCCUAACUUGACUCUGGUAAUUAACCGGCAAGGAUUAGGUAUAUGCUGUGGGCAGAGGAAUGCCAGAUGUUGUUCGACAUAUUCACCAGAUUGUUAGCAAACCUGUUUUACUGGCUGACGUAUUUAUUCCGCGUACCAUUACUUCGAAAAUUAUUUUACAACCGGAAUACCCUUAUCGUCGGAUUUUUUAAUCGUGCGUAAGACAGCCAACCACUGUAGAGAUUUCAGCAGUACCUCAAGGUAGUACAGGGAAGCAAAUGUCAUCUUCCCGUCGAAGGGCGGGGGAAGUGGUUAAGACCCCGUCGCGGUUGGCCGGUCUGGCGGCUCUAUUUCUUCCUCGUCGAGGAAGCUUAUUGUCGGACUGUCCGAGCGACCUUCAUAACUUCUGUGUGGUCCUCUCAUCGUGAACUUUGUAAACGUAAUGGUGCGCGAUUUCGUAAUCUGCAAAAAUGGCCCUGGUGAAUAGUAAUAGAGUUGUCAGCUGAGCACCACGCCCUAAGUGUUAACUGCUCUGCCUUCGAAUUGUCCUGACCUCUGAUGGUACCUCCUUGAGGAUGGAAAAUAUGGCCAGUUUCUCCAAACACCGCUGAAAAUUGAGACUUUGUGUCUUGCUUCCGAGAUGUCGAGAUGCCGCCAAAGAACACCAAAUUUUCACCUGGGGUCGGUGGGCUAUGCAUAAUGCGACGGGUCGUAACAGUCGGGAGACCGCCUCGGAGACCACUUUAAUAAAGGAAAUGGCUUUCCAGACCUCUUGUCUUCACUGCUUUUGCCGUUGUCUACCCGCUUGGUGCGCGUUUUUCUCAAUAAAAUGAAUUAGAUAGCCAUUAACUGUGAAGAGGACUGGAAGGUGUUGUCGUUCAACCGUUUUGUCCAUUAGGGUGUUGCAAUUUAUUUCAGUACGGACACGGCUACGUUUGUGAGACGGAGGGUAGUUGCUGUUGAAAAGCCGUACUUGUAUCGUGUCGUUGGCUUUUCUGAAUAAUGAAGUCUCAUACGAACACAUCCACUAGCAGCGUACCUGCGAGACAAUCGAAAGGCGAAACAUAGUUUGGGACGUCCGCAUUCUGCGAUUUUUAAUCAACAAAUCCCAACUAUGACAUUAUGAUCAACAGCAGAUCGUGUCAGCCGGCAGUGUUCGACAAACUUUAAUCAACUUGCAUGUCUUCCCUGCUUAAUGCCAACAAAUAUCCAAAAAACCAAGCACUUAGACGCUUUUGUGAACAACUGCUGAGUGACCAGGAUACUUGUUCACGAUGAGAUAUCACAUGAUCUGUGAACGAAGGUCUAGUCGGUUUUAAGCAGUCGGAUAGAUGGCCGUUUGAUGUGAGCUUCUGAAUGAGCGAAAACGAAUAGUCGAAAACGAACGCUUGCACACUAUGACUUCUUAAAUGAGCUCCGACGAAACCAUUUUUUCUAACGGAAAUAUGGACAUUCUUAGCGAAUUCGCCACAUUGACUCAGUCUUUUGUCUAUAUUUUUUACAAGGUACGGGCAGUGAAAUGCAAAAAUAGCAACCCAAUCUCCCCAGCCAUUUAAAUACGCAGUUCAUUCUUCCAUCCAAAUUGCGGAAUAGAAUUUUAUAAUCCGGAUUUAAUUAACGGGGCACUCGAAUGAACGCUUCUGAUUAGCAGUAAACUUAUCAAAAAACACAAUAAAGCAUAAUACUCGAAAGCUUUUCGUUAUGAAUAGACUAGCAUUUGUGAUAUAACCACAAAGUGAUGAUCAGAUAAUCACUCGCUUUACUCCUCACGUAUGUAAUAUAUCCAUGUAGUACCUACUCGACCGAUUCUCGGUGCCGUCUUAAUCACAUGGAUCAACAUGACUAUGCGGCUUCUUUUUGCCAACAACGCGGCAUUUAUAGAAUGAGCUUAUUCAUUAUGACGAAGCACCAUUGCACAUUAUGUUCUUUCGUAAUUCUUAUAACAUAACUUGACUACAGUCUGUGUUUUAGCCGUGGAGCAGUUUAUGCAUUAAUCGAAACAUGGGCCUCGUAGAAAUCUGGUGGAUUUUAGACGGAGUUUUCACACAUGGGCAUCAUGAAAAAGAGGACUUUCGUUGUAGGCCCAGGUGAAUAUAAAUUCGGACGGCUACAUAUUGCGAGGUGUAAAUAUAAAACAGCAAAUAAGCCAUCCGGGAUUAAGAGCACAUCACAUUUAUGCUACUAAGCAAACGCAGAACGAUACUUUUGGACAUGUAUUCUAUAAAAUGCUUUUGAAUUUAUAAGAACAUCAACAAUCAUUGAAGUGAGUAUUUACUGUUUUCCCAACGCCGGCUUUGCAGAAACAUUGAGAGUUCAGUUAAAAGUCGGAAUCCUGGAGCGAAUGAAUUAUUUUGGGAUUGUGUCGUCCAAUAUUCUAUAGAACAACCUAAUAUAAUUUAUACUUUCGGUCAAAAAUUUAUUUUACGCUUUCGGCCAACGUUUAAUGAGAUCCGCCAGACAAUGCGUGCGUGCACUUUGUACUCUGUUAAAAUGUUGCCGCCGCACAUCACCUAGAGUAUUUCGUAGUCUUGUGCAAGUGGAAGGCCAUUGUCACAGUGGAGAAUGCUCUUCCGAACUGCAUGUCGGCCGUCCAGGAAAUGAUUAUCCCAGAUUAAAAUUCCUAAUUAUGAAAACUGCGUCAAAACGUUGCGCUAGAGACCCUCAUUUUCCUUUUUUAUUCGCUGAUUAUAUACAUAGAUAAGAUGAAUUUGUGGGGAGACCGAGUUCAAUUGCCGUUUAAAGUUGUCUUUCGCGUCCCGACGUAAGAUGGCAAAGGUGUCGUCCACGUAGCGCAUCCAGAACUUCGGCUUGUAGGACUGGAAGAUUCAAGCUACCAGUUCCUGCAUGAUCGCCUCAGCCAGAUAGCCGGAAAUCGGGGACCCCAUUGGGGUUCCCUGGAUUUGCUCGUAAAUUUGACCAUUAAAAUUGAAAUAAGUGCGUAGGCGGUAGUCCGGCAGUUGCAUCACGUGCUUCAGCUUUAACGGGUUCCCCUCUCCGUCGUACUUUCUCCCCAGUAGGUCACUGAUCACUUCCAUGGCCAAUUAUUUCUGGAUGGAGAUGAAUAGAGAGACGACGUCAAAGGAUAGUCUCACCUCGUCGGGGGCUAUUACAACCCCUUUGAGUUUUUCCAGGUAGUGUGUUAAAGAUACGACGGUGUGUUCUGAGCCAUCCGUCAGUCUCUUUUAAUGCUUGGUGAGCCAUUUAGCCAGUCCGUAGAUAGGCGUGCCUUUCAGCGCUACAAUGGGUCGUAGGGGAUUAUUCGGAUUGUGGAUUUUCGGCAGACCAUAGAAACGCGCUAGGGCAGCGUCUUGCGGUUUCAUCUCUCUCCGAUCUUUCUCGGAUAUUAACUUUUGGUUCCUCAUUUGGUUCAGGCUCUUGUUAAUUUCGCCUACCAGUGUUUUCAUUGGGUCGGUGUCAACGACCUAGUAUGACUGGUUGUCGUUCAGUAGCUCUUGGGCUUUCGUCACGUACUCUGACUUGUCUAGGACCACGGUUGCCCGACCUUUGUCCGCUGGAACAAUGAUAAUUCCUUCGUCAUUCCUUACUUCCCUUAUGGCCUUGAGCUCCGCUGAGGCGAUGGUUCGGCGUGGCCUAUGGGCUAUGAUGAGGGAUGCGACUCGUUGGUGAAUCGCGUUCUUGGAGUCUUCUGCGGCAUCCGUUUUUGACAGGGCCACUUCUAGUGCAGCGAUAAAAUCUACUGGCUGUGCGUCUCCUGUGUUGUAGUCGGAUUCAUGUUGAAGCAAGUUAAUUUGGUCGUCUGUCAGCUGUUUAGAUGAGAGGUUGUGGACGGCUGACGGUUCGCGCACGGGUGCUUGUGCUUGUUUUAGGUUACGCACUGGGUCUUCUUCUUGUCUGGCUCCUCGUUUACCUUAAUCAAGAUCCAGCUCUUCAGGUUUCCCAUUGUUUGCUCGUCCAGGUAUGCUGCACAUGUCGCUUUCUUACUUUCGAUUUCCCUGUCGUAUUUCCGCAGACAAAUGUGACAUUAUUUGAUGAAGGCCCUCAGUAGGCGUCGGCUGCAGCUCCAGGCGACCUCGAGGCCUAAGUCAGUUCUAGCUGGUGGUCUUAAAGAAACGCUCCUUGGCAUAAUAUCCGACCUCAGGCAGAUGUACAGAAAGGCCAAUUGGACCCAUGUAGAUCCCUGUCUACAGGAAUAUAUUGCCCAGUAUCGCGCUCGAUGAAUCGCUUCGCGCCCGGAAGUCUCAGGGAUAUAAACGAAAAGGCUGACCCCAGGUGUAGAAAUGGAAAAAGGAGAUAAGGCAUUCUCGGGGGAGGAAGAUUUACUCAUCUGACGUUUCUUACUCGUACUCGAGCACAUCAACGGAGACAGGCCAAAUGAGAAAUACAUGGUUUAAAUGGGCCAUUCGCGCUCCCGCCUGAUAGGUCGAUACCGCUCGCCUCUUAUUGGCCUUCCUCUCGCGCGCAAGUGGUGCCUGAUGGCCUCUUAUGGCGCUGGUAGAUCAAUACUGCGGUUAAUCGAGUUGGCAUCUGAUUGCCAGGCUUCGAUUACUUCUCUUGCCAGCUUGCUUUCGGCUCGGCCGAGCACUUGGGCACCGCCAAAGUCGAACACGUGAUUAUUUUCUAGGCUGUGCAUGACGACGUGCGAGCGUACAUCCUUUCGAUUUACGGCUAAGGCGUGCUCAUGCACGCGCGUGCGCAGUCGUUUGUCCGUCAUGCCACAGUAGUUGGCCAGACACUCUAGACAUUUGACGCGAUAAAUGACGGCUGACGUGUCUGCAGGCGGUAGCCGGUCCUUGGGUAGCAUGAGUAAGCAGCGGAUGGUGGCCUCCGUUCGGUGUACAACGCCCACGCUUAAUGGCCUGAGCAUGCGCUCAGUGGCUUCGGAGACCUUUCUCACGUAAGGCAGGACAAGGAAGGUUGCAGGAAUUUGCGUGUUCUCACGGUCGGCCCUCGUAUGUCUUUGGCAUAAGCAUUUGUUUACGAAACUGCGCGGAUAUCCAUUGGCCAGGAAGAGGUGCUAUAGGGUAUCACGCUGUUGUAGUGGAGAAUUUUCUCCGUGUUUGUCGCUUUUCGAAAGACACCAGUCUGGAGGGUUUCGUCUUCUUGCAUCGUUACCUGAACGUCGAGGAAAGGAAGCACUCCGUCUUUUUCUUCCUCCAUGGUAAAUUGAAUUUGUGGGAAGACCGAGUUAAAUUGCCGUUUAACGUCGUCUUUCACGUCCCGGCGUAAGAUGGCAAAGGUGUCGUCCACGUAGGUCAUCCAGAACUUAGGCUUUUAGGACUGAAAGACGCGAGCUACCAGUUCCUGCCUGACCGCCUCAGCCAGAUAGCCCGAAAUCGGGGAACCCAUUGGGGUUCCCUGGAUUUGCUCGUAAAUUUGACCAUUAAAAUUGAAGUAAGUGCGUAAGCAGUAAUCCGGUAGUUCCAUCACGGGGAUAAGGGGGGGAAGGGCCUUUGGCAGGAGAACGCAGAUUAAGCAGUUAUGGUUUGUGGACAAUUUAAAAUGCACAAUGAAUAAUUCCCGAUGAGAUGGAUAAAUAAAUGCCAACAGGAAUUAGCGAAAGUUGAUGUCGCCUGCUAGUUUGACUGGAGUCUAACAGUCACGUGUAAAGGUGGUGUGAUUGUAACGGUCUUUUUCAAAAGCAAAUCGUCAUAUAAUCAUGUUGUAAAGUACACAAACAGGACAACUACGGACCACAGCGGGAUUGGGCAUUGUUUUAGCAAUCAUUUAGGCAUAAAAAUAACCCAAGUCAUAGUGGCAAUCCGCCGCCGUUCGUAAUUUUUGUCAGCAAAUAUGACUUCGCACACCGUUCACUGAAGCCAUACAAAACUAAUUUUACUUCGCGAGGCGUGCAUGGAAAUGCCGGCUUUCAUAUUCGGACAGCAUAGCAAGCUGUUUUACACCUAGCAUAUCUGCGUAACUGCUGUCCCACCAGGCAUAUUUUACUGAGGUUAGGUGAGUAUGCACCACCUAACUGAACAUCGCAUCUACCAAUGGCGCAGUGAGAAGUAAUUCCCUGAACAAUUAUAUUAAGCAAAACCACAGCUAUAUGUCAUCAAAUGAUCUUGAAUUUUUGUAAAAUAUAUUUGCGAAAAGACGGAGGAACAAGAAACGAGUGUCUGAACCACUGUUGGAAGGCGCUGCGGCAAAGUUAUACAAGUAUUACUGGAGAAACUAUGAACAAAUACGCUAAGAAUCAACUGGAAGGCACCGUUAUAAAGAAAGAGAAACUUAAGCGUAACCUGUGUCAACGCGCAGCCUUACGCGACACACUGGCGUAGGAGGAAAGACAAGAAUAAGGCAGCUAGACGCAGUCGAUGCGAAGAAAACGCAGAGAGGCAUAGAAUUCUGCGUUUCUUUAAACAGUGCAUGAAAUGAAACCACAAAUUCGACCUCCGAAAGAUCCCUGUCUGUACGUACACAACCGAUAUUAUAUGAUCCUUAAUAAAACAUCAUUUAAAGUAUGAUCACUUGGUCCCCAGUUUUGCCUGCCCGUCGAAAAGUUAAUCAGUUGGAAUUAGAAACCUAGUUCGUGAACCUCUGAAACCAAGCCAGCGCUCAUUUGCUUUCGUCCAACAUUCUCGAUCGACACUGGUAAAUUGCAGUUUUCAAUACCUAAAAAGGCGCCAAAAGGUCAGGGAUUUCUGACAAAAGCACGUUUGAGUUUUCAACAUCACCAUCGAGCGUUUCAGAAGAGCAAUUGGCACAUGCAUUUACACAUGCUUUCGAUAAAUUCUGAUCGGGCCAGUACAUUUAUGCUGGAACGAGGUACAAACUGACACGUGUGAGCGAUUCUAACAAUCGAUUACGGGUUUGAGAAUACGAGGAGGGCGCAGGCGAGGUACUAAGUGACAGUGAGAGUUAGGUAGCGUCGUGUCACAUGGGAGAGGACAAGGGCGCGGAGACAUGCAUACAGUUAAUCGGACCUUGCCCAAGGUAGCCGCAGAGCUUGCAGGAAGUUCUGCGCGCACAGGACCGACCUCCGUAGUCUGAGAACAGUCGCUUCUGCUGUUGCUAGCAAGCGCUGACCCAGUCCCUUAGGAUAGGUGGAAUCUUGUAAAUGCCACGGAAAGCUUCGUUGUGCUCUACACGAUGCCCAGAAUCAAAGAUGUGCGCAAGGAUGGAGCUGUGUGUGCUCUUAUCUUCAAAAGGUCCGCCAUUAUCAGUAAACCAUGGUUCUCGCAGUCUGAUAUGCGCUAGCAGUUCCCUGACAAUUGCUCCCGCUGGGUAUACAGGUAUUGGGUAUGACUGUCCAACCAUCAUCCCUUUCCUGCUGACUGCUGUUGGGGUGUUGCUGAUGUUUUUGGUGAAAAGUCCUGGUGUAGUGUAUGUUGUGGGCCAGGUGGAAUGGUUGCACGCCUAGCUAUGGGUCCGGCUGUGUCAGCCACCCACGCCCUUCCCCGCUUCCGGUCCUCUUGACUCUGUCUUGGCACCGAGUCCAGGAGAGGAGUGGCGAAUACAGAAUGCGGUACAUGUUGCGCAAGUCUACUGUCAUGAUAAGUGGAUUCGCGUGAAAGUCGCGUACCUGCUGCACCCAGCUGUGUAGCACACGGUGGACGACAUCGUAGUCGGCGGCCGAACUGUCUUAUGCUCUUUACUCCACCUUUCCUCAUCCAUGCCGGCAGACGUCCUCGCCGACUAGUAAGAUCAGUAUAGUCUGCUCCACAAAGGUAAGUAAAGGAGUAAAUGCACAUGGGGGUGGUCUCAGCUAAUAGUCUGUCAUACCUUCUCGGCCUAAGACGGGGUUGGUCGAAAACACUACUUGAACUCUUGCUGCUGGGAUGGUCCGUGAAACAACUUGUUCAAGGCGCCUUCUCAUGAGUCCAUUUGCGGCGUCCUCUUGCUGAGCGAUCGAAAAAACCCACAGCACUGACUACCAAAAAGACAACGCUAUUUCUGAAAGUCCGUUGUUUAGGGGGGAGGGGUGGGGCUCUGCGAAUGGACUCUUUAUAAGACGCCUUGGUUAGCCUGUCUGUCAAACCUUCCUCGCAGUAAAUGUUAUAAUACUAUUCUCUACCAGAUCUAUUCCAGUCGGCCAUUGUAAAAGUGGGUCGCAUACCUUUACAACAUCAAUGUGCACCGCCUCCUUCACGCCCUCCUACAGAGCAGGUUGUAUUAAUUGCACGAGUCGUCGCCUAUCCUAGCGGAUGUGAGAACACCUCCAGGUAUGGCAGGAGAAAGGCGAAACUAGGAGCGUAAUCAGCGACAUUCGCCUGUAUGAUCUUGAUCCCGGGCAUCGUCUGUACUCCAGUGAAUCUUUUCGCAUGACUUAUAAUGUCACAUCAAGCGACUUUAAACUACUAGGAUAGCACCCAUUAGCAACAACAGAAGUGUCAGCCGUUGGAAUAUAUUCGGGCAAUUGCCUAUGCUAAUACAUGUCCUAGAUUCUGGUUACGCAUCUGAGCGACUUCUUAAUUGAAAGGAUAGUAAUUUGCUCGCGAGAGUUUUAAUAAACAGAUUUAGCCGAACUUGAAAAUUUAUUUUUGUCCGAUAUUAACCAUGAGGAUCAACCUCCCAACACAAAAGGUUACUUUAAGAAAACCAGAAGUUUUAUCAAUUCCUAUACGUCAAAUUAGGGUAUCUGUGCGAUUGUGGGCCCUAAAGUGCAGUAAUAACGCAGAUUGCGACCACUUGGAUUAAAUGGGAUGAAGUAGUUUUACCGUUUGGAUAAUUUUACUUGAUGUCACAUAAAUGACCACCACCGAAUGAUCACUUCUAGCCUUAAACAUCUGAAACACCACUUGUCGUGUAGCUUAGCUUCUGUGUAUACUUGAUUCAGAAAUAGAACGAGCAAAACAACAAUAGUUGCAUUACAAGAUCAGUAUUUAUAUGGGAUUUCAUAAUCGAUAAGCGGUGUCUAAAAGUAAGUAAAAACAGUAGAAAUGGCCUUAGCGUAGAUAGAAAGGCAUGCUCUUACGCUAACGAUAGAGAAAUAUUAGCAUUGUUUCGGAGCGCGAAAGAAACGGUCAAAUUUUUACUUGGCCUCCACGUGCAAAAAUGCAAAGUACACAGAUAUCCGUCAACAGAGUGCAUUAAUAAAUCACGUCUUAAAGAAUUAACUUAUUAGAGAAAGUUUUUCUAUUGAUCAAAGACAUAUUCGUCGCUGACUUUCGUUGUGGACAGCCAUUUAUCUUGAAAAUGAAGUUUUAUGUUUGAAUGAGUCUUAACACGUGAAGAAACGACCAUCUUCGUGAAAAGGGGCGUUCAAUCACUCAUUAAUUCGGUCAAUGUCUUCAAGAAUAAUCGUGCCCUAAAAUUCUCAACAGACAGGUAAUUCGGAAUCUGUUCUUAUGGACGAUCGGGUAAAAACACUGAAAACCGUGAAGUAUUCAGCAAUAUUUCGAGGCCGAUCUGAAACUCAACGUAAUCAAAAACGAACAAAAAGGGCAAUUUAAUUUAACGGAAGAAAAGUUCUCUCUGUAAAUAGAAAAUGGUAGGGUAAAGAAAGAGCAUAAAAUCAUCGAAAGUCUUUUUCGCCAGAACGGGUAUCGUGAUUGAUGAAUUGCUAAGAUCAUGGCCGAAAGACUGCAAAAGUCGCCGACCCUGACGUCAAGCAAGAAAAGGCUCUUCAUCAGGGUCCCACUUUAGGAGGAUGCCCCAAGUGAACUUUUAAGAAGACGCUUAACUCAAGCUGCAUCACAGACCUUGCCAGCAGCUGACACCCGCGCACUGUUCUCUAACAGUCCCCUCCUAUACGGAGAGGGCAAGGAUAAACUACCAGCUCAGACCACCUCUACGUGUAUUUACUCCUUCACCUGCUCCCCUGGAGCAGAAUAUAUUGGCCGCACGAGGCGGCGUUCAUCCAAAAGAAUAAAAGAACAUCUUCCAGCAAGGCUAGGAAAGGCUCAUAUGAACGGCUUGAUUCUCGCUCACAUGGUGGACACAGACGACCGUGUAGACGCCAGAGAGGCCUUCAGAGUUAUUUACAAAGUCCCAUUAAGCUAUCCAAAAUGAUUUGGGCGGCGCUUGUUGGUUACGGCAGAUGCGGCUACAAUCAGGCUACGCGGACCGGUCCUAUGCGCACAGAAGAACUUUAUACAGGUCCCACAUUUGCCAUGGUUUAAAGCCAGCAAGCCAGAUACCCGCAUGUAAUUAAAUUCACCGGGACACACCUUCUCCCUGACGCUGACUGGAUUUGUGGUGCUUUAAUAUCCCCCUCCAACCCCUCCCAAAACCCGAGCUACAGCUAAAUUAUUUACUUGCCCGUGUCUUUUUCAUUACUUCGGUAUAAAUAUAAAUUUACAGGCCUGAAGAGACUUUAUUGAAAGCAGAUGAAUGCUCGCCAAACUGCCUUUAGAAAAUGGUAUGUUUACGAUCACGCCUGUCAGUUCUAUUUUUAUUUAUUAGGCACCGACCGGUCUCUUGGUAUGUUAUCUUAUGAAAAGCUUUAAUCCUACGACAUCCGCAUCGGUGAAAUCAAUAAAAAUCCAGCUUAUAUGGUUGAAAAUUAUUUCAUUUACUUCAAGCGAGUCAAAACUUAAACGAAUCAUAGGAAAACUCUUUUGGAAUCUUCACUCAGAAUGUAGGCAGUUGUCAAACCGUCAUACAUGAAAUCACACUAAAGGGUGUUUGGAUGUACACUUAUAAAAACAAUACGACUAGACGUGAUGUUACAUCUGCUUUCCUAUUUCCUAGGUUUUUAGUAUAGGAAUACAUUCUGCACAUAUAAGAACGUAGUUUACUAAGUUAGAGCCAUUUCUGACGUUUUCGGGAUUUUGCGCUUCUCAAAAUAAAUGGGCAUUUCUAAACAACGCAACACUGCCUUUAAUCUUUAAUUUAUUUUUUAAAGUCUUUAAAACUUAUUUGAGGGAAACGUCGGUGUUGCAUCUUCGAAACCCCCAUAUGUUACAAGAAAGGAAAGCAUAUCAAAAUGUCGGAAAACUGAAACAAUUACGGGGUUUGCGCCUGAGAAUUCGACAGCAGAUUUCCUUACUGAUUCGAAAUACAAAGUAUCACUUGCUGCCAAAACUGACGUUAAAUAAAGCAGAACGGUUGUUAAAAACAAAUUAUCCCAGGAUAACUGUCGAUUUAACACAAAAAAUCUCAUUUGGAAAUUCGUCUGACAAAACGAACAAAAACAUGUAAGCAAUGAAUGUGUUCUGAAGGCAGUUCUUACCCCGAUGAUUGUGCUUCAAUUUAUUUAACCUCCAAACACAUAAUAUAUUUUCUGAUCGAAAAGCGCCUGCAAAGUAGACAUCGAGAUUCGAAAAUAAAAACGAAUCAAGCUAACUAAUUCGAAUUUUUUGAACCCUGCUUCGUAGACAGCGGAUGUGCAUCACCAGUCAGGCAAGCCAUAAACUUGAAUGUAUGAUAUUUUGCGCGGCCUUAUCUUCAGGGGUCCUGUUUCACACGUAAAGCAAACACUCUAGCACUGUGUCCCAAGCGUCAAAAACCGUGAUCUGUCCCAUUAGCCAAAAACAGUGCAGGUAGAGGUUUUCAUCAGUAAAAAGAUGAGCAGGUGGCGAGCGUACGUAGUGUUCGAUAAAUUCCCUACUGAUUCCCAACACUUUCGUAACUUGAGAUAUAUCUUAUUUUAAAGAUGUAAAACUAUUCUUUCUUGGGCCCAUUUUGUAAUACAACACGUCGUGCUAGAAUUCUAUGCUUAGAAGGAUGUCUGUCAUUUAUUUUAAUAAACUCUGUAAUUAUAAAAUUUAGAACAUCACUAGAUGCAUAUUAAUAAAAGAUUUUAUCUUGCCGUUUAUUAACGUUUAUCGUGAAAUAUGCAACAUCGUCCAUCUUAACUAUGGAAUCUGACAAGUCAUGCAUGGCACCCUUUGACUGCAUAAAACGAUAAGCUAUUAGUUGACGUAUGUUUAACUUUUAAGUUGAUCAGUAGUGGGUGCCUUGCAAUCCUGCGUUGUGGGCGUUCGAACGGUUUAACGGGUAAGUUUUCUGUUUUACGCAGUAUGUAAAUAUAUCUUAAUCCGUUCUCUGAAUAAAAAUGAACAUCCGAUAACGCAAUAGUUAUUAAGACAGUUCAACAAGAAAUGUGUAAACAAACUGACAGUCCUUGGACGUCGCCAACAAGCAUGUUUAUUAAACCGCUGAUUAAUAGUUGGUAUCCUCACGGCGAUUAAAGAGUCAUAAACAACAUUAACAUUCCAAAAUGAUGUCCGUUUCGUCGCCUUGAAGACUUUGCCGGAGCUCUCUUUGGAAGGACCGUUUUCUCGACGGUCAACUUGGGUCAGACAUUUAACCGGACUCCAGCACUACUCAGGAAGUGCGUGGAGCGGCCCUACCAGUUCCUUUUGGUUUGCUCAAGUUUGUUUGCAUGGCGAUUAAUCUACGAAACGAGUCACAUACAUCCCACUAUAUCAUUUAUCACGUAUUAUGCGAUCUCUCUUAUUUCUGUUCAGUCAUAUAUGUAACAAACAAAGGUAAGCGUAUCAAAAAGUGGGAAAACUGAAAAAUCAAGCAGCUAUAGGAGAACUAUCGAAACUUUACAGUAAAAACAACCACAGUCUUGUAAACACGGCACUAUUAAAUGCACUGUUCAGUAGUUGGUACACACACAAUAGUGUCGUAUAAAAUUGGUGCUAUAUAGAUUAUCUGAAGGGAGCCGAAAUGAGUGUCAGUUUUUACCCACAACAAAAUUGACGAAAUAGGUAAAUUGACAAAGCAAACUCUACUAAAAUAUAGACAGUAGCAUCGUAUACACAAAUAAGUGUUCGGACAGAGAAUUAAGAUGAUGUGGUAUUUGGAUGCAUAGUGGUAUACUAAUUCAGUUUGCCUUAUAAAACUUGACGAAUGUGCACCUAUCAAUAUCCUACCCAUACAAACGAGGAUGUGAGUUUAUAGGAACUAGUUGAUAGGAAGAAGAAGAAGAAGAAGAAGCGGAAAAAGAAGAAGAAAAAGAAGAAGAAGAAGAAGAAGGGGAAGAAGAAGAAGAAGCAGAAGAAGAAGAAGAAGAAAAAGCAGAAAAACAAGAAAAACAAGAACAAGAAGAAGAAGAAGAAGAAGAAGAAGAAGAAGAAGAAGCGGAAGAAGCGAAAGAAGAAAAAGAAGAACAACAAGAAGAACAAGAAGAACAAGAACAAGAGCAAGAAGAAGAAGAAAAAGAAGAAGAAGAAGAAGCGGGAAAAAAAGAAAGAAGACUUGGAAGAAGAAGAAGAAGAAGUAGAAGAAGAAAAAGAAGAAGAAGCGGAAGAAGCGGAAGAAGAAAAAAAAGAAGACGAAGAAGCGUAAUAAGCGAAAUAAGCGGAAGACGUGGAAGAAGAAAAAGAAGAAGAAGGCGGAGAAGAAGAAGAACAAAGACAAGAAGAAGAAGAAGAAAUAAAAGAAGAAGAAGAAGAAGAAUAAAAAGAAGAAGAAGAAGAGAAGGAAGAAGAAGAAGCGGGAAAAGAUGUGAGAAGAAGAGAAGCGGAAGAAGAAAAAGAAGAAAAAGAAGAAGAAGAUAAUGCUGAUGCUGAUGAUGAUGAUGAUGAUGAUGAUGAUUAUGAUGAUGAUGAUGAUGAUGAUGAUGAUGAUGAUGAUGAUGAUGAUGAUGAUGAUGAUGAUGAUGAUGAUGAUGAUGAUGAUGAGAUUAUUCACUAA